GAACGUUCACCCGGAGCCGCGGAGGCGCGCUCGCUGAUGCGUCCACUCCACACGUCGCAUGGCAGAGGUCUCGCACGUGUGAGCGCCAGUCUGCAGCAGAGGAGACCGGCGAUGUCACCGUUAUUCAUGGACACCGGCUGUGAUCUCAACAGCCCCAGCUCCGUGUCCGCUGAGGGGAGCAACACCGCCGGAUCGGAGAGAGAAGAAGAGGGAGAACACACGGGACGCAGAGGGAGAAUAAAACAAGAGAAGAACAAGAACGCUGCGAGGAAGAGCCGCAGGAAGCAAACGAAGAGAGCCGACGAACUUCACGAGGAGCUCCAGUGUCUGGAGCGAUCCAACUCGGCGAUCAAAAAGGAGAUCGCCGCAUUGAAAAAAGACCUCCACUCCUACACGGCAGCUCUGGAGCGCCACAAGCCUUCCUGCUGCCUCAAAGGCUCCGCCGCGUCCAGCUCCUCCUCGGCCGGCCCCUCCGGAGACCCUCCCGGGGCCUCGCGCUCCGCUUUCCCGGCCCCCCCUUCGCUCUCCACCUCCCUGACCCCAAGUCUGGGUCUUCAACCUCGCGACUGUGUUCAAAGCGCCCGUUUCUCACCUUUAACCCCUCCGGCAGCCACGACAUCCGCCUUGCCUCACGGUUCGUCCGCGGGACUCUUCACCUCCUCCAGCUCUGUGACGGCUCCUGACUCCGUCUCUUCCUCCGCGGCUCCGGCUCCUCGCUCUCCGUUGAGCGCAGAUUCCCCUUCGCUCAUCGCAUUGAGGCCGACAAAUGUUCCGCCUGUCUGCACCGGCCUUGUUUCGCACUCGGCGGUCUCGAGGUCAGGCCACCCGAGUGUGCUGGAUGAUUUUCUAAUGACACAAGCUUCUUUUCUUGCCGCUUCAUCCAAUGCAGUUCCCUUUAACUCCCAGUUGGCGGCAGAGAACGCAGGUCAGGAUUGUCCCGUGAGUCUGACGUGUUCUCUUUCACCGCCAACUCUUCACGAUCCUUCUCCCAAGUCCCUCUCGUGUCCUGCCCCUGUUUUUGCCUCAAAGCCAAGUUAUAGUCAACAAGUCGCGCUCAGUCGUCCGUCUCUGCUGUCCAUGCUCGGCGUCCCGAGUCCUUUGAAUGUGUCUCAGACUACCUCCAGCAGCUUUGAUGAACCAGUCCCGCAACCCCCACCCUCACUGGGGGAUCCCUCAAGAGACCUUUCCCUCUGUGAGCUCCUGGAGUGCAACGAGUGGAUACUAAGUGGGACGAGUCACCUGUAGCACUACAUGUCACAAAGAAAAGGAAGACGAGUUUCUUCUUCCUUGUGCGUAUUUCUAUAUUUUGAGCAGUUUAAUCAAACUCUGCUGAGCAGCUAGCGCAAUCUGACUGAUUCAUACACCUGUUAGGAUGUACAGGAACCAAAUGUUGCUCUUCAUAUGCUUCAGCCUCUUAAAGGGACACUCGUGAGUGAGUAUUGAGUUUCCACAAAGAUCCACAUUAAAGACAAAAUGGUCAAAGCCAAUACAGCACAAGCAGAGAUAUGCAGCUUUUAGAGAUUAGUGUGGGUCAAGCUCUAAAAACACGGUAUCGUGGACUAUAGCAUAUUUUAGUUUGAUGCGUGUAUAUGGUCAUGUCUUUCAUUCAAGCUCCAGUUUGUAACGCAAGCUUCCGGUUCUGGAUUCAAAGCCUCCCGUUUCCUUUUCAUAACAAAGAGCGUCGGCGAAUCUUGAGCGCCGUGCAGAGGUUUUAGAGACUGGAGUACGGUGCUCAAAUCUCCAACUUUGCUGGAUAAUGGGCUCAGAAGUGUAUAAUUACUGAGCUAUUUGUGAGUCCAUACAAGCCCCUGGAGAUGAAACUUGAACUAACUAUGUUAUCAAAUAUAUCAAUGCGCAGUUGUUCAGUUUCAAAUCAAUGAGGUCGGUCACCCUUCUUUAAUCCAGAGAUGACAAUGCCCCAAAACAAUGACGCAACAUUUGAAACUUGGGCAUGUAAUGUUAGAUUGGGUAGAGCGCUCACUUCCUUCCCACUUUAAGGAACUGUCCUGAGGUGAAGUUGCCCUUUGGGACUGGAACCGCAUGUGUUACACACAAAGGGACAAAGUUUAAGAUUAUGACAGUUGUGAUUCAACGCCACGCAGGAAACUUUAUUCAGUGGUUUUUAUUCUUUCCUCUUUUUAUAUUCAGUUUCACAGAUUGUGUUGCUAUUGAUUAUUUACAUCAGUCAAUUUGCUUAUGGUUAAUUUAGUUAUUUUAAAGCUACAAUUAUUUAUUUUUCUUAAUUAUAAAUAUAUAGUUUUAUCUAGUUCCUUCUUCACUUCAAGUAAUACAAUUGUAUUAUUUCUACUUACUGGUAAUUAUGCAAACUACAUAUUCAUGAUUAAUUUAGGUAUCUUUUUUACCAACUUUACUUUCAAGGGCGGAUCACCAACCAGACAAAGUGGAUAACCGAUCCCAGCGGCCCUCAGGGGCCCAGGGGCCCGAGAUUGAAUGUGGAUUUGAAUAAUUUCAAAUAGUUUGGCUAUCUCUGAGUUAUGUGUGCUAUCAAAGUUUAUAUUACAAAUAAAUGUGUGCGAAACAAAUGUAAAAAAGUGCUAACGGCUCUUUUUGUUGUUGCCCUGCAUGGGGCCCCUAGGAGUUAAUCCCCCCAUGAUAAGGAGAACGUAUACGUGACUUAAUUUUUCUUUUUGACUUUGUUUCCCUGUAACUGACAAUAAGAGACCAGGACUGCUGGAAAGAAAUGAAUAGUCGAGUGGAUUUUCUUUCUAAAUAGGAUUUAUAGCUAGCAGUAUGCAUUAUAAUUGUAUUCAAAUGAACUGUGGGAUUCUGUAGGUUGUGUGAUUCUGCAGGCUGUGUGUGUAGUGUUGUUAUUUAACACGUUUAAGAUUAUUAUAUUUAUGGUUUGAAUAGAAAAUGUAAUUACAAAUAAAAAACAUUAUUUAAAAUGUC